ACCCCCAAACCAUCCCUGCUCUCCUGGACCCCCAAACCCGUCCCUGCUCUCCUGAACCCCCCCUGCUCUCCUGCAGCCCCCCAGGUGUCUCCCAGCAGCGAGGAUGGGGUGGCUGCCGAGGGAUCUGUCACAGGAGGACCUGUCCCCGGGGGAUGUGUCACCGAGGGAUCUGUCCCCGGGGGAUGUGUCACCGAGGCGGAGCUGAAGCGGCUGCCCGAGUUCAACCCCCCUUCGUUCAUGCCCUUUGGGAACGUGGGCACCCCCCUGGGCGUGUUCCUGGAGCUGAUCCGUGCCUGCCGCCUGCCCCCCCGCCUCAUCAAGAAGCUGCAGCUGGAUUUCCCCAGGACUGGCUCAUCCCGCAGGUAUGGGAACGUGCCCUUCCAGUACCAGGGCACCGAGACAGUGGCUGAGGAAGGAGGAGUUUACACGGCUGCAGGGGAUGAGAUCACCGAGGGAGAGGAGCCCGUGGGGCUGACUCAGCCAGCCCAGCCCCAGGACCAUGAGGAGGGGCAGCAGAAGGAGGAAGAGGAGUCGAGCUCGGGCGAUGACGAUGACACGUGUGAGGAGUGGCAGCGGCACGAGGCGCUGCACGAGGACGUGACGCAGCAGGAGCGGGCGCGGGAGCGGCUCUUCGAGGAGGAGAUCGAGCUCAAGUGGGAGAAGGGCGGCUCUGGCCUCGUGUUCUACACGGAUGCCCAGUUCUGGCAGGAGCAGGACGGAGACUUUGACGAGCAGACAGCCGAUGACUGGGACGUGGACAUGAGCAUCUACUACGACAAAGAUGGGGGGGAUAAGGACGCCCGGGACUCGGUGCAGAUGUGGCUGGAGCAGCGGCUGCGGGAUGGGCUGGAGGAUGGCUCAGUGGCAGGGCAGCACGUCGGCUCCUUCGAGAGACACACCAAGGGCUUUGGCAGGAAGGUCCUGGAGCAGCAGGGCUGGACAGAGGGGCUGGGCCUGGGGAGCAGCAACUCUGGGAUGGCCGAAGCUCUGGAUAACGAGGGGCAGAACCCCCGGUGCAAGAGAGGGCUGGGCUACCACGGGGAGAAGCUGCCAACUUUUAUCAGGAGGAAGAAGCCCCGUGGGGACAGUUCUGUUGUCAUCUCCACCAUCUACGAUGACCCUGAGCCCCAGGACAUGGGUGACCAGCUGCUGCGGCGCCAGCCCCCCACGGCCAUGAAGUACAGACAGGACAUGGCCUUUGUCCGAGCGUCCCACCCCGCCCUGGGCAGCCUCAGAGCCCAGCCACGCUGAGCACAGCCUUUGUCCUGCUCCCCAGUCCAGGCUGGCUCCUGGCCUCAGUGUGAAGCAGGGCCUUUAUAUAUUUAUUUUUAGUAAAAAUACAGAUUUGUAACAAAAGC